AUGGUUGAGAUAUUUGAUCCUAGUAAGGGCAGAUUCAUUGUACAAGACUUGGUUGGCGAAGUGUCUCUCGGUGCCGUGGAUGUUGAGUGCAUCUUGGCCUUGGAGAACCACGGACUGUCGGCAGAAGGUAUUCUCGGUGAGGAAGGUGAGGAUGUUAAAGAUCGAGUGCUGCCUCAAUUCCUGAGCAAGACCACAGGUAACAUAGUCAUCGAUGAUCUGAUUGUGGACAUCACAAAAAAUAAAUCUGCCGAUGACGAUUUCCUUCGGAGAGUUGUCCUCGUGUUGCUUGGAACAGUUCUUGCUCCCAUGUCGAGCAAGACUGUACCAAAGCAAUAUUACGCAUUGGUGGACGAUGUGAAGCGUAUAUCCAAGAUUAAUUGGAAUGCAUUCACCCUCCGGGUUCUGUUGGACUGCCUUCGCAACGUGAGGAAAGGCAAACACCUCCGCCAAUGGCCGAGAGGGAACUUAGCUCUCCUGCAGUACCUGUACUGGGAGAAGAUUCAGCCUCUGGAAGGUGAAUGCGCAUUCAAUCCUAGCUUGUCCAUGGAACCUCUAAUGAGGAAUUGGACUGAAGCUGCAGCCUCAAGGAGAGACAAGUUUGAUUAUGACCAAGGCCAUGGCCGUGGUAACAUCAAGAUUGAAGACAACAUAACCAAGGAGUAUAGGGCGCAGGAGCGCAAAGUACCCGAACCAGAAAAGCCAAAAAUGAAGCCCGCCGUUGGUGCGGCAAAGAAGUCCAAGUUAGCCUCAAACGCGGACGAGAUGAUGAACCUCAUCAUGAAGCGGUGUAUGGAUUACAUACGCAACCAAAUGAAGGAAAUACCAGAACAAGUAGCCGAGAGAUUGUUAGAGAAGUUGAACCAAAAUGGUGUGAUGUACAAGCCAGCGGCUGCUGCGGCUUCCGGCAACAACGAUGCCGACCUAGAAGUGGAUUCCUUUGAGAAUGGUCCGCCAGAAAAAAAAAGAAUUCAUAAAACACCUGCCAAGUUAAAUGUUGACAAGACAACGAAGCCUACUGAUGAGUGCGGCGCAACACCGGAGAACCCUUGGAUUGUAGGUAAUUCUCCUCGAGCAGAAUCGUCCGACAUUGACAUUUCUGCAAGUUCUAUCGACAGGAUGGUGGGUAAGAACAAGGGGAAAAAGUCUCCAGCAACCGCAAAAGAAGACGAUGUUAUAUCCGGGAAGCGCCGACAGACUGUUCCCAAGAAAUUUGAAUCCCCCUUUAAACUUGACAAGCCCGGCAAGCGAAGCGCUCGCGCUCUGUUUAGUGACAAUGACAUGGAAGGCUUUGUUAAGGACGAUUUGACACCGGAACUCAUCGAUGCUGCUGUUGCAUUUGUGGAGGCAGCUGCUCGGUCUGAGAAGAAUAUGACAAAAAGAGUUUACUACAAUGAACGUGGCACCUCUGUGACUGUGGAGAGUAUACGACCGAUUAUCGAUGCUUAUCAGACACAUUUGGCUCUGCGCGUUGGUCAUGAUCGGCACCUCUGUCCAGCCUGGAGGUCCAAAUACCUUGUUGAUCGUGCUAAGGCACGAGACAACCCUAAACCGUCGAAAUACAACAUGGACAGUGCGCUGAGCAAGCUGGAGCAGUACGUAGGGUUCUGGACGAGUAUACCGUCCUCGUUUAUCCCGUUGAACGUCGGCAAUACACACUGGAUCACCGUGGUGAUGCACAACCGCAAAGAAUUCCGAGUUUUUGAUUCGCUCUAUCCUCUCGAGUUCUCUCUCGACACUGUGAAAGCACUGCGACUAGCAAUAGCAAUUGAUAUGGAAGAGGCAAACUGUAUUACACCUGGCAAAUAUCCAGACGUCACUAAGUGGCCUAUCAUACCUCAGAUCGACAUGCCACUACAAGAGGACGGGAACUCUUGUGGCCUUUUUGUGAUUGAAGUUAUGGAGCAUUGGGACGGGGAUCGAUGGACCGCCAAUUUUACCCAGGGCACGGUUAAUGCAAGGAGAAGGCGUCUCAUCGCCGAGUUGGUUCUCUCACCUACCAACACGCUCGAAUGUGUGAAGAACAAAAUCCGCGACAUCGCAAAGAAAAGCAAGGCGUGA